UUUUCCCGCUCGCUAUCCACCUUAAGGAUUGCCUCAAUCAAUCGCUCUUCGCUGGUGUUUCAGGUCGCCUGCUGUGUGUCUGAUGGCGGGAUGAGUUGUUGAAAAUUGAUGUUUGGGUUGGGGCGAGUCUUGUUGAACUGAGCUCUUGGAGUCGGUAUUUUUAUUUUAAUGGCCGAAGAGCUCGGUUUUUAAAAAAUACAUAUUUAUUUUUUGUUUUUGUUCAUGGAUCAGCAAUGCAGAGCGGCAGCGUUGAUACAAAUGCUAAUGUAGGACUGGUGCGGCAAAUUUUAACUCUUAGUUUAGUCCCAAGAGAAAAUGGCACCUUGUGCUCCAACGAAACUGCGCUGUGUGAAUUCUCGGAGAUGUGGUACGGGGUCUUCCUGUGGGCUGUGGUCUUGUCCCUGGUCAUCCACCUGCUGGCAGGGCUGCUGGCCCUCUACACACUGCGACAGCACAAGUAUGGCAGGUUCAUGCUGGUGUCCAUACUGCUGAUGAGUAUCAUUGGGCCGCUCUUCGGAGGAACCCUAACCAGUGCCGCGAUUGCCGGGGUCUACAGAGCAGCAGGGAAAGGAAUGAUCUCUUUGGAAGCUCUCAUUCUAGGUGUCGGACAGGCCUUUUGUGGCCUGGUUAUUUCAUUCUUGCGGAUUUUGGCAACGCUAUAGCAUUCGUCUGUGCAAUUAAUCGCAGGUGAAGAUAGGUUGCACACAAGUCUUAAGAUGUCCAGUUCUAUGAGAACUAAGGGGCUCGCCCUUUUAAAAAGCAGCCUUGCAGGCAUCCAGUGCAGUUGCAUUAGCCCAAUAAGAGGCCUUCUUUCUAAGCCAGAGGGCACCUUUGUUUUUAAUGGCAAAGCCGUGCCGGGCAGCUCAUGACACCCUCGUUUAGGUUUAGAUUUAUUUAUUUUUAAUUUUCAGUAAAUGGACAACGAACACCUGUUUUAAAGGACUGCUUGCACUUCAAAAUACAGCCUCUUCAAUCCAAGCCAAUACGUCAUUGCCAGCAAGUGUUCCGAAAGGCUUAAUACUGACCAGCCUAGCCGUUCCACAAGUAGUGUGUUUUUUUUUUUUUGUGGCACUGCUUAUCAAACUUGGGAAGGUAUUGCUGUUAAACACCAAUUAUAUUUCACUAAAUUGGUGUGUUUUAAAUUUAUGGCAAUCAAAAUCAAACAUAGUUGUUGAUCAAGAAACAAAUUGUUCUUGUAAAUCCCUUCUUUCAGACGGAAGACAGAGACUUCAUUUAAAUGAAUUUAAUGGAAAGGCUUUGUGAUGAUCAUGUUACUAUGUUGCUGUGCAAUUCUUGUUUCUAACAUUGCAUUCCCUGGUAACUAAUCUAAAGAACAUGCCUGUUAAUAAUGAAUCCCUGAGACGCAGAAUUGUGUUAAACCAUAAAUCUGGUUCAAAUGAAGCUACUUUGUCUGUAGUUAGAACUGCAGAAGGGUCCAGUGAUUCCUAAAAUGCAAUUUGGAACAUUGUUUAACUCACUGGAGGUACACUGGGUACAAAUCUAACCAACAUCCACCCUUAGGGGGAGAACCUGUGUUUGCUCGUGGACCAAAAAUAAAUAAAUAAAUACAUACAUAAAUAAACCUGGCAUGGUUAUUGCACUGCAGUGACCAGAGAACAAUGAGCCAUCAUUGGAGUAACACAAGAUGGAAAAACUAGUUUUCAAAAAGUAAAAAUCUGUGCUGAACGUUUAGCCGAGUCUGCCUCUGGAAGUGUUGGAGGCAGUGUGCGAAGCAGCCAGUGUGUUUCUGAAGUGACCAUGUUGCAGUGCCCAUAUUCAUUUAUGCUCUAAUUUGCAGUGGCCUGCUGUUUUUAAUAUAGUGAAUAAAUGCUGUAUUUUAACGCUGUUGUGAGAUGCGUGAUGGGGACGUGGGUUAUGACAGAUUAUUUUUUACUCUAACAGAUUAAGUGCCAAUUGUUUCUGUUAGUAUUU